AUGGGUUUCAUACAUGUGUUCAUACGUACGUAUGCACGUUGAUCAUCAUCGUCUCAUGCGCACGAGUGGAUCUUAGUUUCGAGUCAUAAUUCACGGAUUUCACGACGAUGGAACCUGAUGUGGUGGCUGCAAUAAAGAGCAGCGCGGAAAAUCACUUUUCACUUCAGGCGAUGACGAAUGCUUCCCCGGAAAAAGUCCCGCUUAAGGUUCCGUUUAUCGUCGGUGUUGCCGGCGGGACAGCAUCUGGCAAAACGGAGGUUUGUAACAUAAUCAUGUCAAAAUUUCGUAAUCAGCGUGUUGUUCUGAUAAAUCAAGAAUCAUAUUAUUAUCCAUUGAAUGAUGAACAAAUAGGAAGAGUUCAAGAAUACAACUUUGACCAUCCUGAUGCAUUUGAUAUGGAGCUUCUUCUUUCAAACUUAGAGAAAUUAAGAUGCGGGCAAGCAGUUAGCAUUGCCAAUUAUGAUUUAAAGAGCCACAAAAGCAUUGAACCAGCACGCGUGGUGCAACCAUCAGAUGUCAUCAUCUUAGAAGGAAUCCUAGUUCUUCAUGAUCCUCGUAUUCGUAAUCUCAUGAACAUGAAGAUCUUUGUGGACACAGACUCUGAUGUGCGCCUGACAAAAAGGAUACAACGUGAUACCUUAGAGUGGGGCAGAAGCAUUCGGAGUGUGCUUGAUCAAUAUGACACAUUUGUAAAACCCUGUUUCGAGGAGUUUAUUCUUCCAACCAAGAAAUAUGCUGAUAUUAUAAUCCCCCGGGGAGCAGAGAAUCAUGUUGCAAUUGACUUGAUAUUACAACAUAUACGUACAAAGCUUGGCCAGCAUGAUCUUUGCAAAAUAUACCCAAAUGUGUUUGUUAUAAAUUCAACAUUUCAGAUUCGUGGGAUGCACACGCUUAUACGCAAUGCCAAAACAGCAAAACAUGAUUUUGUUUUUUAUGCAGACCGCCUGAUUCGUAUGGUUGUGGAGCAUGGCCUAGGUCACCUCCCAUUCACAGAAAAACAGGUUAUUACUCCUACAGGAUCUGUUUAUAGCGGUGUCAUUUUCUGCAGUAGUUUAUGUGGGGUAUCAGUCAUCAGGAGUGGGGAAAGCAUGGAAAAUGCCCUUCGGGCAUGCUGCAAAGGAAUCAAAAUUGGAAAAAUUCUAAUUCUAGGAGAGGGUAAAAGUGGUCGGCAGUUGAUUUAUGAGAAGCUACCAUCCGACAUUGCAAGCCGCCAUGUUCUACUGCUUGAUCCGGUUCUUGCUUCAGGGAAUUCUGCAGUGAAAGCUAUAUCUGUGCUGCUCAGCAAGGGAGUAGCAGAGUCCAACAUCAUUUUCUUAAACUUAAUAUCAGCGCCCCAAGGCUUACGCGUAGUGUGUGAGAAAUUCCCGAGGAUAAAAAUCGUGACGUCUGAAAUCGACAGAUCUCUGAACAAAGAUCUGAGUGUGAUUCCAGGCAUGGGAGAGUUCGGAGAUCGCUACUUUGGCACUCUGUAG